AAAGUGGCCGUUAAUAAGAAGACGGCCUUAAAUCUGACGGAAAGUAACGAACAAAAUGUGAGUUUUAAAGCAUCGGAAGCAACCCCUAAGAGAAGCAACGCAAACGACAUGAAACCGCCGACGAGUCUGACUGUGGCCCGAAAGAGUGCCCCCAAGACUCCAAACAACAACUCGAAUAAACCGUUUCGUUGUCACGAAUGUUAUAAAUGUUUCACAACAGAUGAUCGUCUUAUAAGACACGCGAUCGUACACUCGAGCGACGAACAAGUCAAACCCCUGGCCUGUGAUAUCUGUCAGAAACGAUUUCUUAACAACUCUGCCCUUUCAUGUCAUCUCAAAGUUCACAGUACUCCUAAAGAUCAGCCCCGAAGAUAUGAUUGUGUUAUAUGUAAGCUAUGGUUUGAUUCGACACAACUAAGAAAAGACCACAUCGUAUCGCACGCCCACCCCAUCACCGGACAGUUCACUUGUCCUAACUGUUCAAAAGGAUUUGACGAGUUCUCAGCCGUUAGAAAACAUAUCCGAGCUUUUCAUUCAGACAAACAAUACCCGUGCACUCAAUGCGAAAAAGUGUUCCCUCGUCCCGACAAAUUGAAGUUACAUAUGUUAAGACAC